AUGACAACCAAGGGAGUCAAGUUGCAUUUCCGGAAACAUCAUGCGGUUGUCGAUAAUGGCAUUGUUCAACUUACUCUAACAAAUCCGGGAGGAUAUGUUACAGGCGUAAAGUACAAUAAUCUUGACAACGUGCUUGAAAGCCAUAACGAUGAAUCUGAUAGAGGGUAUUGGGACCUCGUUUGGAGUCCGCCUGGAAGUCCUGGGACGACUGGUACUUUUGAAAGAAUUGAAGGAACAAGUUGUGAGGUUAUAGUGGAAACAGAUGAUCAAGUAGAGCUCUCUUUUUCAAGAACAUGGGAUUCCUCUCAACAGGGAAAGCAUGCUCCUUUGAAGAUAGACAAAAGGUUUAUCUUGCUUCGUGGUUUGUCGGGCUUCUACUCAUAUGCAAUAUAUGAACAUUUGGAAGGCUGGCCUGGUUUCAAUCUUCCUGAAACCAGGAUAGUAUUCAAGCUCAGGAAAGACAAGUUUCACUAUAUGGCGAUGUCUGAUGACAGACAAAGAUACAUGCCUUUGCCUGAUGAUCGAUUACUUGACAGAGGUAAACCUUUGGCUUAUCCCGAGGCAGUACUUCUAGUUAAUCCAGUAGAACCCGAGUUCAAAGGACAGGUAGACGACAAAUAUCAGUAUUCGUGUGAAACCAAGGAUCUAAAGGUCCAUGGAUGGAUAUCUACAGACCCACCCGUUGGAUUCUGGCAAAUUACACCAAGCAAUGAGUUCCGAACAGGCGGACCUACCAAACAAGAGCUUACUUCUCAUGUUGGUCCAGUUAAUCUAGCUAUGUUUGUAAGUGCUCAUUAUGCUGGAAAUGAUUUGGUUAUGAAGUUUGGAGAAGGGGAGCAAUGGAAAAAAGUCUUUGGGCCAGUUUUUAUGUAUUUGAAUUCAACCCCUGCAGGACAAGAUCCUCUUAUGCUUUGGGAAGAUGCAAAGAAUCAGAUGCUAGAUGAAAUUGGAAAAUGGCCUUAUGUUUUUCCAGCUUCAAAGGAUUUUAAACAAGCACACGAAAGGGGAACAAUUAAAGGUAGAUUUUUGGUUUAUGACAGGUUCAUUAGUGAUGAACAGAUUACUGCAGAUGGUGCUUACGUAGGACUAGCUCUCCCAGGAGAAGCCGGAUCCUGGGAACAAGAAAAUAAGAGCUAUCAAUUUUGGAGUACAACGAACGAAGAAGGCCAUUUUUUGAUUGAAAACAUUUUGCCUGGCACAUAUAAUAUAUAUGCUUGGGUGCAUGGGUUCAUUGGCGACUACAAGAACUCUACGACCCUCAUGAUCACAGCAGGUUGUGAUAUAGAUGUUGGUGAUCUUGUUUUCGAGCCUCCAAGAGAUGGUCCAACAUUAUGGGAGAUUGGAGUACCUGAUCGUACUGCAGCAGAAUUUCACAUCCCUGAUCCAGACCCUGUUUUUACCAACCCGUUUCUCAUCAACGAUCCGAACAGGUUUAGGCAGUAUGGAUUAUGGGAGAGAUAUGCUAUUGAAUACCCUAGUUCAGAUUUGGUAUUCACAAUUGGCGAAAGUGACUACCAAAAAGAUUGGUUCUUCGCUCAAGUAACUAGAAAGAAAGAUGACGGCACAUAUGAGAAAACGACAUGGUCAAUUAAGUUCAAGCUUAACGAUGUGAAUGAAAAUGAUACUUAUAUGCUAAGACUUGCUUUAGCAUCAGCACAUGGAUCGGAUCUGCAGGUACGAGUUAACAAUCCAAAGACGGAGCUACCGCUAUUUUCAACAGGAAUCAUUGGGGGAGACAAUGCAAUUGCAAGACAUGGGAUACACGGGUUAUAUCGAUUAUUCAAUGUAGGCAUAUCAGGAUCAGAUUUGAAUUCAAAUGAGGAGAACAUCAUUUAUCUGACACAAGACAAUGGAGGAACACCAUUUCAUGGAGUAAUGUACGACUACAUUCGUUUAGAAGGGCCGCCGCCUCCUUCGUCGAUUUAAGUGUAUCGCCUUGUAACUUAACCACCAACAAUGGUAUGUAUAAAACCUAAAGUGUACACUCUCAUUCAUUUAACCUCAACUAAGAAACAUAGCAUUAUUGA